AUCCCUGCUAGUAUCUUCUUACUAUUAAAUUAAAACCAACUGUUGGACCUGCUCAAAUGCGGAUAACUGUGUAUUUAAUUGAUAUGUCUUGAUGGAGACUCGAGUCUUACCAACAGUUGCAACGAACUUCUUGUUGGAUGAAACCAUGAUUUAAGAUGUGACCAUCACUUCGACUUCAAAAACCACAGAUGUUAUUCCAUUCACUUUCUACCCUUUGGAACACUUCUCUUUUCUCAGGACAAAAAACGAUAUUUUAUUAGCAAACAUGGCUAAAACAAUCGAUGUUUCUCCUCUUUGUGAUUCUUUCAAUUCGCAAGCAUCAAAUUAUGAGCGUCGGCUUGGAGGCAGUACUCGUAGAGUCAUUGAACACAUCAUUCCUCUACUCUCUGGCUUACCCGAGGGACCAAAGAUACUUGACAGUGCUUGUGGUCCUAGCAUGGUAACUGAAGCAAUUCUAAAGGCGUAUCCUAAUGCCCGUGUCUGCGCCUCAGAUCAUGCACCAGGCAUGAUAGCUUUGCUUGAUAAUCUCAUCGAUUUAAACGGUUGGAAUGAUCGAGUAGAGACGGAAGUUAUGGAUGGCGUGAGUCUGAGCUAUGCAAGCGAAACUUUCGAUGCUUCCAUUGUGAAUUUUGGAAUUUUCUUCUAUUCUGAUCCUAUUACCGGUGCAAAGGAGUUAUACCGCACCUUAAAACCGGGCGGAAAAGCAGUUGUGACAUAUUGGAGGGAAGUACCAUUCUAUCCCGUCCUCCAUGUCGCCCAAGAAGUGAUUAAACUAGGCUCGAAACUUAUCGCUUUAUCCACACUUGAGCACUGGACUCGGAGAGAAACAAUAGAAUCGACGCUUAAGUCUGGAGGCUUCGAAGAUGUGGAAACUUUUGAAAAAGAGGUUAUGUGGUGGAAUGAAGGUAUUCAGGAAGCAGCAAAAGGGUUUAAGGAUAGUUUCGUCAAUAUGGUUGGAGAUCAGUGGGCAGAAUCAGAGAAGGAACAACUCCUCGGUGUCACAGAAACUCUCUUGACAGAGAACAAAGAUGGGUUGGUAGUGAAGACUUGGCGGGAAGAUUGGGUUUCGUAUGGUUGCUUGGAUAGCUGUAGCAACCAAAUCUAUGAAGUGAGGUGGUUCAAGGUCACAUUUCUCUGCGAACAAAUCGGGGUUUAUUUAGAUGGCAAGAACUCAUUCGCGCAUAAAUUUCGGAAUCCAAAUCUGACUACUUUGUGGGAACUACCUGCCACUGAUCUAAGUAUACUGUGCACUCUUCAUCACCCAUUACUGCAGACAUUUCCGCAUUUUAGAUUGGUAUUGCGACAUAUUUUCAUGCCGGAACGUAAGAAUUAUUUUGGUCUCUUAGCGAUUCCAAUUUCGAAAAACUCUUAUUGUUGAACGGCAUUUCAGAAUAUUGAAGAAAGACACUAAUACGGUUUCAGAGCUCUAUGAUAAAACAUAAUCUUCUUUUGUUCCAGGGCCAAAUCUCUCCUCAUUUCCAGAUGGCAAUCCGCCCCAAACUUACUUCUCGCAAAGUUCGACGAGGCAAAGUACAUAUCCCGCAAAUAGCAUAUUGCGUGAAAAUACACAUAUAGUAGAUAACUUGAGUCAAUAUGUCCUUAGCUACUACCAUUCGCGAGUUCUUAUAUGGAUAAAAUGCUUUGACUCCACCAAGUAUUGACGAGAUUAGCACGGCGAUAACUGGCCCGCGCUGAAUUUCUGCUAUGCGUAUUUGUCCUUUCAAAAAAUUCGCAACAUACUUCCAAUCGAAGAUUCAUAGAUUUAAAGAAUAGGGAC